GGCAGCUAGCGCGAGGCUGGGAGCCCGAGCCGCGCGUCGUGCCCUGCGCUGCCCAGACCACGAACAAUACAGUCACAAUGGCUAAAGGUGACCCUAAGAAACCUAAGGGCAAGAUGUCUGCCUACGCCUUCUUCGUGCAGACUUGCCGAGAGGAGCAUAAGAAGAAAAACCCCGAGGUCCCCGUCAAUUUUGCUGAGUUUUCCAAGAAGUGCUCCGAGAGGUGGAAGACAAUGUCUGGGAAAGAGAAAUCCAAAUUUGAUGAGAUGGCCAAAGCAGACAAAGUACGCUACGACCGGGAGAUGAAGGAUUAUGGGCCAGCUAAGGGAGGCAAGAAGAAGAAGGACCCCAAUGCUCCCAAACGGCCACCGUCUGGGUUCUUCCUAUUCUGCUCGGAAUUCCGCCCCAAGAUCAAAUCUACAAACCCUGGCAUCUCUAUUGGCGAUGUGGCCAAAAAGCUGGGUGAGAUGUGGAAUAACUUAAGUGACGGUGAGAAGCAGCCUUACAUCAACAAGGCAGCGAAACUGAAGGAGAAGUACGAGAAGGAUGUUGCCGACUAUAAGUCUAAAGGGAAGUUUGAUGGUGCGAAGGGUGCUGCAAAAGUUGCCCGGAAAAAGGUAGAAGAAGAAGAUGAAGAGGACGAGGAGGAAGAAGACGAGGAGGAGGAGGAGGAGGAUGAAUAAGAAACUGCUUCUGCAUCU